GGUCUACUUUUUAGUAGGAGAGAGAAGAAGGAGUGCGUGCACCCUUUCGUGAUUUGUUGCGUGGCCUUUCACCAAAGCUUCCCUUCUUCAUCACCCCCUCCUCAAACCCUUGUCACAGGGAGGUCUACCAUUCCUUUGUUUCUUUUUCUUUUUCCUUUUUCCCAAUUAUAUUUUUCUAAUAUUUCAUCGGUCUCUCUCUCUUAUACGUACGUACGUUGAUAUGUCGAAGAAAACUCAUUCGAUUAAUCUUUGUGAUUGAUUUUACACUCGGCUCUUUCGCCAGAAUUUCGCAACCAGGAGUCGUAAUCGGGAGACACAAACUUUACAUGAUUUGACUCAGUUCGUGUGCUUUUCGUUACCCGAUCUGUGGCUAUCAUGUGUUUCUGUUGGGAAAAUCGGUCGGUUUCCAUAUAAGCUCCGAGGAACCUAAUCUAAUCUCUCAAGAAUCUUGCUUUUUGUAUAAUUCCUUCAGUUGCGUUUAAUGUGAGAUUCCCUUGUUUGAUGAUUCGAACAGAUUUCCAAUCUCUCUUUUUCAAUUUAUUCGCUUUUUGUUCUCUUACUUGUAACCUAAUCGUCGAUGUGAAUUCUUAGCAAACUAUAAUCGGCAGGAUAAGAUAUGGAGGGAGGAGGGCGUGGUGGGAGUAGUGUGGACAUGUUCUUACGCAACUAUAAGCUUGGGAAAACACUUGGUAUUGGUUCAUUUGGGAAGGUGAAAAUUGCAGAACAUACAUUAACAGGACACAAAGUUGCUAUAAAGAUCCUCAAUCGUCGCAAGAUCAAAAACAUGGAAAUGGAAGAAAAAGUUAGAAGAGAGAUUAAGAUAUUAAGAUUGUUCAUGCAUCCACAUAUCAUCCGUCUCUAUGAGGUUGUAGAAACACCAUCAGACAUUUAUGUUGUUAUGGAGUAUGUGAAAUCCGGUGAGCUUUUCGAUUACAUUGUGGAAAAGGGAAGAUUGCAUGAAGAUGAAGCUCGCAAUUUCUUUCAGCAGAUAAUAUCUGGUGUGGAGUAUUGCCACCAUUUUGGUUUGAGUAAUAUCAUGCGUGAUGGUCAUUUCCUCAAAACAAGUUGUGGAAGUCCAAAUUAUGCAGCCCCUGAGGUUAUAUCUGGGAAACUAUAUGCUGGGCCCGAGGUAGAUGUAUGGAGCUGUGGUGUUAUCCUGUAUGCACUUCUUUGUGGGACCCUUCCUUUUGACGAUGAAAACAUUCCUAACCUUUUCAAGAAAAUUAAGGGUGGAAUAUAUACCCUUCCGAGUCAUUUGUCACCCGGUGCUAGAGAUUUGAUUCCAAGGUUGCUUGUGGUUGACCCAAUGAAGCGUAUGACUAUUCCUGAAAUCCGUGCACACCCGUGGUUCCAAGCUCAUCUCCCUCGCUACUUAGCCGUCCCUCCACCCGAUUCCAUGCAGCAAGCAAAAAAGACUGAUGAAGAUAUUCUUAAUGAGGUGAUUAAGAUGGGGUUUGACAGGGAUGGGCUUAUCGAGUCACUUCGCAACCGAGUGCAAAAUGAGGGUACUGUGGCGUAUUACUUGCUACUGGACAAUAGGUUUCGUAACUCAAACAGUUAUCUUGGAGCGGAGUUUCAAAAACCUGUUGAGGGGUACAGAGGUGUGAAUUCAAACGAAGCUUCUGUAUCAGUUUUAUCACCACGUUCAACUGGAUACAUGGAUUAUCAAGGAACAAAUAUGAGAAACCAAGUUGAAAGGAAAUGGGCUCUUGGGCUUCAGUCUCGAGCGCAUCCUCGUGAGAUAAUGCAAGAAGUAUUAAAAGCUUUGCAAGAACUGAAUGUUAACUGGAAGAAAAUAGGACACUACAACAUGAAGUGCAGAUGGGAUCCUGCCACUAGCCAUGGACACAACACCAACACCAUGCAAUUGCAAAGUAGUCGUUACUUUGGAGAUGAGUCAACCAUAGUAGAUGCUGCUGCUGACACUGCUUCCUCAACCUCUCCAAAUGUUGUCAAGUUUGAAGUCCAGCUUUAUAAAACUCGUGAGGAAAAGUAUUUGCUUGAUCUACAGAGGGUAAAUGGACCUCAGUUUCUGUUUUUGGAACUUUGUGCUGCGUUUCUUGCUCAGCUUCGUGUUCUCUAGAACAAGACAUAGCCUGAAAAAAAAAAUAUAUAUAUAUUUAUAUAUUUAUAUGUAUGAAGAAUGGCUUUCUCCGGGAUAUCAUCUUUUGUGAAGAAAAGCUAGGCUGUAUUGUAUAUAAAAGUCUCUAGGCUUCUAUUUAUAGGCGAAUUUUGUGAGCCCGUAUUUAUCUUUUGUUAACUUGUUUACUUAUAUAAAACCAUCAAUAGCUUGUUUUGGUUUAUUAUAAUAAGAGUAAUGUGUAACCUUAGUAUCGAAUCUAUUAAGUACAACUUCAUUGCUUGUAUUUGUUAAAAAAAAAAGAAUUGGGAAUUAGGACAAUGUAC